AUGAGCGAUUCGCCCGCUGGAUCUAACCCAAGGACACCGGAAAGCAGCAGUAGCGGCAGCGGCGGCGGCGGUAGCGGCAACAGCCAGAGCGGCGGCGGAGGGAAGAGACCAGCGGUCCCGGCGGCGGUGUCCCUCCUGCCUCCGGCGGACCCCCUGCGGCAGGCGAACCGACUCCCCAUCAGGGUACUGAAGAUGCUGAGCGCGCACACCGGCCACCUCUUGCACCCGGAAUACCUGCAGCCGCUUUCCUCCACUCCAGUCAGCCCCAUCGAGCUGGACGCCAAGAAAAGCCCGCUGGCGCUGCUGGCCCAAACCUGCUCGCAGAUCGGCAAACCUGAUCCACCACCCUCCUCCAAGCUCAACUCAGUGGCAGCGGCUGCGGCCAACGGGCUUGGAGCGGAGAAGGACUCUGGUCGCUCCUCCUCAGCAGCCUCCUCAGCUUCUGCGGCUCUCAAACAGUUAGGGGACUCGCCGACCGAGGAUAAGUCCAGCUUCAAACCCUACUCCAAAGGGUCUGGUGGGGAUUCCCGCAAAGACGGAGGCUCUUCUUCCAACUCUUCCUCCUCCUCUUCCUCUUCCUCUCCUGGAGACAAGGCUGGGUUCAGGGUGCCCAGCGCAGCCUGCCCGCCUUUCCCCCCGCACGGAGGUCCAGUCUCUGCUUCUUCCUCGUCCUCCUCCCCCGGCAACUCCCGGGGCGGGUCGCCGCACCACACGGACUGCAAGGGCAGCGGCGGCGGUGGAGGUGGUGGAGGCGGGGGCGGAGGGGAGCUGGAUAAGAAAGAUCAAGAACCCAAGCCCAGCCCGGAGGCGGGAACCGGGAGCCGCAGCGCCGAGCCCGCAUCGCACGGCGGGGAGGCUGGGUCGUCUGGGCGCAAGUCAGAGCCGCCCGCGGCGUUGGUGGGCGCCGGCCACGUGGCACCUGUGUCUCCCUACAAACCAGGCCACUCCGUGUUCCCCUUGCCACCCUCCAGCAUCGGCUAUCACGGCUCCAUCGUGGGCGCCUACGCAGGCUACCCGUCCCAGUUCGUGCCUGGUCUGGAUCCUAGCAAAUCUGGGCUGGUGGGGGGUCAGCUGUCCGGGGGGCUGGGUCUGCCUCCCGGCAAGCCCCCCAGCUCCAGCCCGUUGACUGGCGCCUCACCACCCUCAUUUCUGCAGGGAUUAUGCCGGGACCCCUACUGCCUGGGCGGCUACCACAGCGCCUCCUCACACUUGGGUGGCUCUAGCUGCUCCACUUGCAGUGCGCACGAGCCCGCUGGGCCCAGCCUAAAGCCAGGGGGCUACCCACUCGUGUACCCUGGCCAUCCGCUCCAGCCCGCAGCCCUCUCCUCCAGCGCAGCGCAGGCUGCGCUCCCGGGACAUCCACUCUACACCUACGGCUUCAUGCUGCAGAACGAACCGCUGCCACACAGCUGUAACUGGGUGGCGGCCAGCGGGCCAUGUGACAAGCGCUUCGCCACCUCGGAGGAGUUGCUCAGCCACCUACGGACCCACACGGCCCUCCCCGGCGCGGAGAAACUACUAGCCGCUUACCCCGGGGGGUCGGGCCUGAGCAGUGCGGCCGCCGCUGCGGCUGCAGCUUCCUGUCACCUACACCUCCCUCCACCCGCCGCCCCGGGCAGCCCCGGGUCGCUGUCCUUGCGGAGUCCACAUACUUUGGGGUUAAGCCGGUACCACCCCUAUGGCAAGAGCCACUUACCCACAGCUGGGGGCUUAGCUGUGCCAUCCCUACCCACAGCAGGACCCUACUACUCUCCAUAUGCGCUCUACGGACAGAGACUAUCCUCAGCCUCCGCUCUUGGAUACCAGUAACUACAGCCUCUUCUCCCUGACCCUAACCCUCUGCUCAGCCUCCUUCUCUUCCACCUCCUUACUGCCACCGCCACCACCACCACCACUACCACCACCACCACCAUGGCAGCAGCCUCCACCAUCACUCCUCCUUCCUUGGAUUCCCCUUCCUGACCCCACCCUCCUGGACUGUGUAUUUAUUUACUGUACUAUUAGCUUACAAGCUGGGAAUAUAAGUGCAUUAAUGGCCCACGAGUCAAUGUUAUGCAAAAAGUCUGUGUCCCCCCUCAAAUAAUAAUAAUGAUUAAUUAUCAAGUGAACAAAAGAUCCCCACACCUCUUCUUUUCUUUUUUUCUCAGUCAGGUUUGGGUUUUAGACUUGCUUCUUCCCUACCUCCCCCUUUGUUUCUUUUUUGAUUGGUUUGGUUUUAUUGGGAGGAGGGGGAAUCGGGGUUCUUGAAUUCUUGGGUUUUUUGUUCGUUUUCUGAGGAGUUUCUUGCAUGUUCUUGACACUUGAAAGUACAUUGUUCUUCUGUCCACCUUUUCUCUCCUCUUGUUUCCAUUGGUAUUUUCCUUUUUUUUUCCUUUGUACAGGUAACAGAGGUGAUUUUUUUUUUAUAUAUAUAUACAUAUAUAUUUGGAGUGAAGGGGAGUCAGGCAGGCCCAAAGUUCAAUGGCAGUGCUGUCUUGUUGCUCCUGGGCUUUGCCUUGCCCUCCUUCCCUUGGCACUGCCUCUCCUUCUCUCCAUGCUCCACUUCGAGGCACUGGGCCCAAAGGCACAGAACCUUUCCUUGACCUGCAGCCGAGGAGCCCCUCUGGGUCGCUGGCGGCAGUUUCCCGAUAUUGAGACCCAGACAGCCCAACUGAGCAUUUUCAUUCACCCCUACACCCCAAAUAUACACGGUCAUCAGGAAUCUCCCUGCCAAAAGGGUCGGGUAAUACAAUACCCUAGGGAACCUAACCAUCAGGGCCCACCUUAAUUAAAAGUUCUAGAUGGGCUGUGGCAUGAAAGCCUGGCUCUUUCUAGUCUACCAAGUGCUUUAUAGUCCUUUCUUUCUUUCUUUCUUUCUUUUUUUAAUCCCUUAUUGGGGUAGCAACCCUCGAUGUACAGGAGAGAAAGGGGGACCUCUCUCUUCAGACAUCUCCAGAUCAGGAGACCGACCUAAAAUUUUUCAAUCAAAUGCCAUCUUAAUACAAUUGAGAAAACAUUUGGAGGGAGGGAGCAAACUAGAUAGAAACCCCCGUCCAAAUCUCCACAGGCCUCAAGCUUUCAGUCCCUACCUGGUUCAGCUCCCCCCGGGAGCGGGCAGGCAAGUGGGCAAGGCAUACUAGGUGACCUACGAUACUCCCUCCCGCCUCCCCAGCCUGCUCUCCAGCCCCUCCCAGUCUGUCCCCUACUCCUCCACAGUCUUGCGCAGCGCGGAGGCUGUGGGGCCAGUUUUGGAUGAAUAGAGCUCUCUCCGUUGGUAAGACUUAUUUUGUUAAUAAAUGGAAUACUUGGCUAUAU